AUGGAGUUAGGCUCAGUAUCUGUAUCAAAAGGAAAAACCAGUGGUAUUGACAAAGCUAUCGAAACUUUAUCCGAAUCAUUUCAAAAAAUUACACCUUUCGAAAAAUAUGUCAUUGCCAGUAAUUACCAGCAAAGCUACUUCUACCAUGUCAGAAGGACCCCAGUGCUAUGCGAGGAAUAUCAAAAGAUGCAAAAUCUACGCAAGCGAAAGGCUUUCUUAACAUUUAAAAAGAUUUGUGCUAGCCACUUAUCGAUUGCUAGUAAAUUCAUGAGAGAAUGCGAAUCCAUUGGCAAAAGUAGCUUGCGGUUAUUAUUAAAAAUCGAUAAUUCUUUCAAGAAGAGUGACCGCAGUUGGCUUGACCAAUGCCAUUUCGAUGUCGGUGUACUGUUAUGUGAAGAAGCCAAUACACAUGAUCAUUUAUGUCAUAUACAAGUUAUUAAAGGUAAAAUUAGCGAAGAUCGUUGGCUGGAUCAUUAUUUACCGCUAUUGACUGACGAGUUAAAGAGUACAGAAAGUCUUUUACGAAUUAUUAGAAAUCGUACCAUUUGGUGGCUAAGAAAAGUUAUUGAAAUCAAAUUACAAAUAUUAGGCUACGUUGAUAGCGAAGAAGUUAGCUCUGUAAGCCUGCAUUUAUUAUUUCAAAGCGUAGAAAUGUUUAAUAGAUUAGUGAAAAGAUAUCGACGCUUUGUAUCAAAUGAUAGCCAAUAUAAGACUGGUAAAUUUCUACACUGGAUGACUGAAAUUGGUAGAUCGUUUACUUUACGCGAUGUCUUAAGCCUGAUCAUUAGUCGUAGAGCUCACCAGUGGUACGACUACUUACAUAGUAAUUGUAACGCUAGAUUAUUUGCGGAAGGAGAUCGUAAAGUAAUCCCCAAUGAUGAAAAUUUUAUGGUUAAAGGAAUUAAUAAGGAGAGAUCAUUCAGUGCUACGGUAGUAGCCUCUUUAGCAGCCUCAACAACGUUAUUAAGGAAAUAUCGAAACCGCCGGCGAACAGAUUCAAGCAUGAGUGAUUCUGGUGUCUUUAAUGCUAAUAUUGUCAACCAAACGGAAUGCUUUAAUGAUGCCUCUCAUUCACCAUUGAAAAAACAAGUCAGUUGGAGUGAUAUCGCGAUCAAGGAAGAGGGCAAACAAGAAAUCUAUGACAGUUAUCUGGCAUUACUCUGGCAACAGCUGGUUUUAUACUAUCACAGCUAUUGCUGUAAAUUACCACUAAUUCCCAUUACUACAAAGAAGAAAAUACUAAAAAUGAAUAUAUCACCGUUGAUAAUACAACCUGAAAGUACUUAUAAUAGACUCAUAGAGAUUUUACAAGUUCCUAAUCAGAUCGCUGGUACCAGUCUUCGAACAGCAUUUCAGCUGCAUGAUUUGUCAUUUUUCAUCCAUCAACUGUAUAUGUCAUACCGAUGGGAUGAAGCUUAUUUCCAAGCAGUUGCUGGGUCAUUGGUGGAUAAAAAUUGUAGAAGAAAUCUAGCUUCUGAUGACAUUAAUACUCCAACGUGUAAAUUGUUUCAAGUUCCUUUGAGCAUCAUCUUGUCAACAUUAAGGACAUACUUGCCGGUUGUUUCAUCCUUUAUUGAAUCCGAUGAGACCAACGUAAACAACUAUCAUUCGGUUGUGCACUUCUUGAACAUAAUCAAUCCUACUCUAUGCCGCCUUGUGGCUACUAUAAAUUCUAUUUUGAUUUGGCUUCAAAGAGAUGCCGGUCGAUACUUUUCCAAUUGGGAUCUACCAAAUUUAGUUGCUAUUUGGAAAUCUGAUUUAAAAGUUAUUCUUGAUGACGUAAAAAGUUGCAUUGAUGUUGGUGAAUCUCUUUGUAGCAGCAUUGCAAAUUACGAUUAUAAGAAUUGGUUAACUGAUCGCUGCACUUGGUUGCUAUGCAUUACACGAGAAUAUUUUGCUGCUUUACAGGCCUUCUCCAGUAAAAUGGAUAUAAAUUAUAAAAAUGAUUGUUAUAAGUUAACUUCCGAAAUUUGGGAACAAGUAAUGCCGAAACAGAAGAAGUGGAGACUCAGGCACAUAGACAAUGUAAAGCCAAAUACAUAUGUUGAUUCUGUAUUGGAGACCACGGUUAAGCCUGUAGUGCAAGGUGUGCAGAAGAUUACCGACGAAAAUCAGUAUGAUGUGAUAGCUUUAACUGUGGAGGCUGUAAUGAGUUCAUGGACAAAUUACAUUCUUAAGGAAGAUAUAAAAUUCAGCGUUGCUGGAGCAAAGCAGCUACAAGCCGAUUUUAUGUCGGUACCAUACUAUUUAAAGCAAGAAAAUGCUGGAUUGAAUCCAAGUGUGCGUGCACAAAUCGAACAGUUACCUUCGAUUAGAAUGUGCAUGAGAGUAAUUGAAAUUCUAAUGCAACAACCAGAAAAACGAGAACCGACUACAACGCUGGAGGUAGAGACAGCAAGUGGUGCUUUGAGUGGAUCAGUUGCUAGCUCUGUCAGUAGUGGACAACAAGAAGGGACGAGAAUACCGGCUAAUGAUGACAAUGAGAUUGAUACGAUAAAAUGGAAGAAUUUAAGAGUUGAUCGUAGUCAAAAUAUCUUCCAGAAACAUGUCAGUGGAGUCUUAUGUACAAAAACUAUCAACGUCGUAGAUUAA